AAGUAGUCUGUUCCAUUCUCUGUUUUCUGGGUCGCUAGGAUGAACAGGAGCCACAGUACAUUUUAUUAGCUUUGGUUAUUAUUAAGUCGUGUCUCUGGUCCUUCCCUCUGUCACUUCGGCUGCGGCUGGGUCCUUCCAGAGGCUCCUUUAUCUAGUGGCCCUCCCUACAUUUCCCCAGCUACUGAACAGGUUCCUCAUCAUUGUCCAGGGAUGUUGUGUGUAUUGCAUUACAGAGUCUGAUCACCAUCAUCACAUGGGCCUUUUGGGAGUGCCAGGAAUUUUCCCACACACCAGCGACCAGUCACUUUUCUUUUUGUCAGGAGAAGACAUCCUGGGGGAUAUUGCACAAGGGGAGACUUUGGGGCUGGGUUUGGGCCAGUCUCCUAGUCCUGCCCUUCCUGUGGUUGAUGCUCUGGGCAAGGUGUAUACCUCCGGCCUGGACUAAGUGCUCAUCUCACUCCUCAGCACCAUCGUCAUGUUGAGCUGCCUUUUCCUCCUGAAGGCACUUCUUGCUCUUGGGUCCCUGAUAUCCUGGGUGGCUUCUGGAGAGCAUGUGAAAGAAGGAGAAUGCCCUCCUAAUAAGAACCUGUGCAAAGAGCUGUGCCGGGGGGACGAAUCAUGUCCGGCUGGGCAGAAGUGCUGCAGCAACGGCUGUGGUCGGGUCUGCCGAGGAGGCAUUCCGAAGGGGAGGAAAGGAGAUUGUCCCAGGGCUGUUCGGAAACAAUCCUGUUUCCAAAGGUGCGUCACUGAUGAGACUUGUCCAGGUAGAAAGAAAUGCUGCGCGUUUGGCUGCAACAAGAGCUGUGUGGUCCCAGCCUCUCAACCAAAGCUGGAGCCUGGAGGUGAAUGUCCGGCUGACCCCCUUCCGUGUAAGGAGCUGUGUGAUGGGGACGUGUCCUGCCCCCAGGGGCUUAAAUGCUGUAGCACCGGCUGUGGCCACUCCUGCCGUGGAGACAUUAAGGGAGGGCGGAGUGGUGAUUGUCCAAAUAUUUUGGUGGGCUUGUGCAUUGUCAGUUGCAUGACGGAUGAGAACUGCCAGGCCGGGGAAAAGUGCUGCAAGUCAGGCUGCGGCCGCUUCUGUGUCCCACCAAUUCUGCGAGCCGAACUGGCCACAAACCCCAGCUGGACCCUCAGGUCUGAUUCUGAAUUAGAGACCCGGGUGUCCUAGCUGUCCUGAGCUGCUACAGGGGGCUUGUUCUGGCUGCCAGGAGAGGGAGAUAUCCUGGGGCUGUGACCCUCCGGGGGGCUCUCACUGCCCUCCCUGCUCUGCUUCUGUUCCUGCUGCUGCCCUGAGCGUGGGGAUAUAGCCGUGGAUUUGGGCAAUGGUGUUCGGUGCUGCUUGUCCCCAGUAAAGGCUCAUGCUGA